GGAGCGAAAACGUCUGAGAAGGAAGAAAGAGCACGGAGGGAGGAUAGCAGCAGAAAAAGAAUCAAAGAGGAUCACUGAAGGGCACAGACUCAAAGACACAGAAGCUGAAGGGAUACACAGUCAUGGUCUUCCUCCUCAUAUCCCUAACUGUGCUACAUCUGGUCACCUUGGCCAUGCUCCUCAUAGCCACCCUGGAGAAGUCCUGGUGGAUAUGGACUGAUUCAGAAAUCACAGACCUCUGGUAUAACUGCUUCCAUGAUAACGCCACAAAGACCUGGUUGUGUGCCAGUGCCAAUGAAAGCGAAUGGCUGCAGUCGGUCCAGGCCCUCAGCGUCCUCUCUGUGGUCUUCUCCUCCAUCUCCUUCCUGGUUUUUCUGGGCCAGCUGUUCACCAUGUCCAAAGGAGGACUCUUCUACUUCACAGGCCUCUGCCAGGCCUUUGCAGGUUUCGCAGACUUUGCCGCCUGCCUCAUCUUCACCUUCCACAGAAAGGAGAUCCUGAAUGACUCCAGAGAUCUGAGCAAAGGUCGCUUUGGCUACUGCUUCAUCCUGGCAUGGCUGUGUGUCCCUCUGCUGCUGGUCAGUGGAGUCCUAUAUGUCCACCUGCGCAAGAAGCAGUGAGCCAGAAAGCAAAUAAACCUUAUUGAAAAUGCACCGCUCUUCACUCACCUCAAUCACUUCCCAGUUAACAGCAAGCCUAUGUUAGGAAAUAGGAUGACUGAGAAUGAAAUACAUCUUAAAAUGAUACAGCUCUGUUUUAUUUCUGAUUCAAUAUCCAGCGAACUGUGCUACAUAGUUAUGUCUUCAUAAUGGCAUCUUGUUGUCGUUCAAGAACAGAUCAAGAAAACUCAUCAGUCAUGUUUUAAGAUACAACGCUCUCAUUAAUGUUUCACAUGAAGAAUUCUGACGGAGGAAUAUUAGGUAAUGAAAGCCUAACUUGUGCUUGUAUGAUUGUGCUCAUGGUAAGACGGUAUGGUAUGGAGCUGAAAUGAUUCGUUUCUGUAUUUUGUACAUACGUACCUGUGUUUACGUAUUAAAGACAAAACUCACUGAUUGUUGUCACUUUAUAACUGUUUAUU